UCACUUUCCAAUCCCACGGUCGGAGACGUUCUCAUCGGCACCCACCACCGCCAUGAAAGUCACUAAUCAAGGGGAUGUGUCCGUGUACACAAUAGCCGGCGCCAAUACAGCGCGUCCUCUUCCAGACUGGUUAGCACGUCGACGGAAACGUAGUCUCAAGUCGGAUCCCGAGUAUCAGAAUCGAAUAGAGCUACUUCAAGACUUCGAAUUCGAAGAAGCCAGCCAAUGCGUCAGAGUCUCAGAAGAUAAUGACUGGAUUGUGUCAUCUGGAACAUACAAGCCACAAUUCCAUGUCCAUUAUCUCCCACAUCUUGCACUAUCCUAUUCAAGACAUACUAAAUCUCUCAAUACGACUUUCCUCCUACUCUCGACCGAUUACUCCAAGUCUCUACAUCUACAAAGUGAUAGAAAACUUGAAUUCCAUACCCCGGCUGGCUGCCACUACGAACUACGUCUACCUAGAUAUGGAAGAGAUCUCGUCUAUGAUCGCCACGCUACUGAAGCCUUGGUUCCCUCGGUGGGAUUGGAUUCCGAUGGCAACGGCGAGGUGUUCCGAAUGAAUCUUGAAGUAGGGAGGUUCAUGAAAUCAUAUCAAAUCGAUGUUGGUGCCGACGAUGGCGUCGAAACUGGACUACAAGGAAGCAUUGGUGUUGGAAGUGUUAAUACGGCUGCGGUUGCUGAAAACAGUCAUAAUUUACUUGCUUUUGGUACUUCGAUCGGUUCAGUCGAAUUCUGGGACUCACGAUCUAAGUCUCGCGUUGCCAUUUUGGGAGGCCAAGAAGGGGAAAUAACAGCGCUCGAUUUCAAUCCUUCGGGACUUUCAUUAGCGACUGGCACGUCAAAUGGUCUUAUCAAACUUUUCGAUCUACGAAGCCCAAAACCACUACUACAAAAAGACCAUGGUCCCGGAUUCCCAAUCAAGAAUCUUAUUCACCUAACCACUUCUUCUCAGGAAAAGAAGAUUUUAUCUGCUGAUAAGCAGAUGAUCAAGAUCUGGGACGAGCUUGAUGGCGAGACCUGGACUUCAGUCGAGCCAUUGGUUGACAUAAAUUUUGUUACAUGGUGCAAGAACACCGGAAUGCUUCUCACCGCGAACGAGGGCAAGCCUCUGCACAGUUUUUUCAUACCCCAGUUAGGACCUGCGCCACGAUGGUGUUCAUUCCUUGACAACAUGGUCGAGGAGAUGGCCGAGGAAAUCAGCACUGAUCAGUACGACAAUUUCAAAUUCUUGACAUUACCAGAACUGAAAUCCCUCAGCCUGGCACACUUGAUUGGCAAGACAAACCUAUUGCGUCCUUACAUGCAUGGAUACUUUGUGGCUUCGAAGUUGUACGACCAAGCUCGUCUAAUCGCCAAUCCGUAUGCCAUGGAAGAGGAACGCGCCAAGCGCGUCAAGGAGAAGGUCGAAAAAGAGCGUGCCAGCCGAAUUCGCGGAAACAAGAAGGUCAAGGUUAACCAGAAAUUGGUCGAUAAACUACUUAAGCGCCAAGAGAAGAGAGCUCAUGUCGAUACUAAGGCUGGAGUACUUGGCGAUGACCGAUUCAACCGGUUGUUCGAGGACGAAGAGUUUAAGAUUGAUGAGAAUAGUCGCGAGUUCCAGGUUCUAAACCCAAGCACGAAGGUUGACCCAGAAACAGGCGCAAAGGUCGUGAUUCCAGGUCCCCAAUUCUCAGACGAAAGCGAUCAAGACUCGAGCGACGGCGACGACAGCGAAGAUGAGAUAGUACCUGAGAAAACUAUGCCAAAGGAAAUGGUCAUGCGUGUUAGGACGUCUAAUCAAAAUGGUGGUCAUAUAGCCAAAGACACCUCCCUAGGCUCUAGGACCCAAAAGUCGGGCAGGGUCGGCAAAACUCGAAACGGUGAAGUAGUUGGAGAGAGACAGGUCACGUUCGUCCCAGAAUCGAGGAAGAAGAAACUAGAUGACGAGGCCCCCAAGCCGCAGACGAAAGACCGACGAACAGAUCCAAGACGGAGUGCUAGUACUAACACCUUCAGACGGCUUUGAUACCCAACAAAUACUAGCGUUAAUUGACAUUGAUACAUAUCCAGAAGGCAAUCGGCUUCGCUUCCCCAAACUCCAUGCUCCAAUUCCAAGGGAAGCUAGUUGAAUGCAAAAUCCGCUUCGAUGACUGUUUUCCCAAUUCUUAACUAGCUUUAACCAGCCCCGUGUCAGCUCACCAGCCAAUUCAUCACGAUUAUUUACUUCCUCGUCCAUUUCUUACUUCUUCCCUCUGGGCUCUGUCGAACGCUGGGUUUGGCAAGGCCCUUCUCAAUAUCUUCGGGUCGAAGUCGAGGCGUGGGCGGUACGUCGUCUAACCGAACACGACCUCGAGAAUUAUCCUUCACUGAUUUAGGGAAUUCGGAGCGGCGAGGCGUGAGAGCAGUGACUACCUUCCUUGCCGAGCGUCGAAUGCUUUCUCUAA